AUGGCGUCUACCAAUGGCUCGAUUACCAACUGGGCCGAUAAGUCCGGCGAAUUCAAACGAGGAGCCUCCCAGUUCCGGAAUUGGAUAUCAAAGAAGCCCGGUUCGGAAUUUCCUCCUGAGAAGGGGCGAUAUCAUCUCUACGUCUCGUAUGCUUGCCCAUGGGCCCAUCGGACUUUGAUCGUGAGGAAGCUCAAGGGUCUUGAAGACAUGAUCUCCUAUACUUCCGUUCACUGGGAGAUGCUUGAGAAAGGAUGGCGGUUUGCAAGACAGGACGAACGUUUGCCCGGUGAGAAUGUCGGCCCAGAUCCGAUUCAUCCAGACUACACACACCUACGGCAGAUAUACUUCCAGGUCGACCCCGAAUACAAAGGCCGCUUUACAGUUCCCACUCUUUAUGAUGUGAAGCAGGGAAAGAUCGUCAGCAAUGAAUCAAGCGAGAUCAUCCGGAUGUUUUACCAUGAAUUUGACGACUUGCUGCCCGAGAAAUUUGCCAAGUUGGACCUCUUCCCUCCGCACCUACAGGCUGAUAUUGAAGGCACCAACGAUUGGACCUACAAUAACAUCAACAACGGUGUAUACAGGUCUGGCUUUGCGACCACUCAGCAAGCUUAUGAGCAGGCUGUGGCCCCCCUAUUCAGUUCGCUUGACCGAGCGGAGGAGCACUUGUCGAAAUGCGCAGCACCAUAUUACUACGGCGCAGAAGUGACCGAGGCUGACGUCCGCUUGUAUACGACCAUCAUCCGCUUCGAUCCGGUGUACGUACAGCACUUCAAGUGCAACAUCAGAGACAUCCGAUCUGGAUAUCCCAACCUCCACAAGUGGCUCCGGACACUGUAUUGGACUGUGCCGGCGGCAUUCCAGGAGACGACGCAGUUCGAGCACAUCAAGAAGCAUUACACCAAAAGUCAUAAGCAGAUCAACCCAUACUCCAUUACGCCUGUCGGACCGGUGCCCGACAUUCUACCUCUUGAGCAGGAGGUGCCAGCCGCGGCGGCGACGCUCUAA